UUUCCCUAAAUGGCGUCGUGGCGUCUUUCGAAGUUUGCAUAGAUCUAUUUUUAUUGUGUUUUAAAGGAUUGUGUUAGUGUAUUUUGCAUUAUUUGUUUUGAUUGCCAGUUUAUUUCAACGAUGGAUUUUGCUACUAAUUAUAAUCUGUUGUCACAACAUUUUGUGCGCUUGGCUUCGUUUAGUGGGCUGAUAAAUCGGACUGAAAAGUAUACAGACACAACUAAUGUGAAUGACAGCGACUGUCAACAUACGGAGCGUUUUCAAAAUAAUGAAACUGUUUCUGUUAGCCAGAAAACAUCGUUUAUUAAGUUAGCAAGAGCUGGGUUUUAUUAUGGAGGACCUGUUGAAGGUAUUCAAUGUUUUAAAUGCAAAUCAAAAGCUCGGUAUGAUUAUUGGGAUGACGAAUCUCCAGUUGGCGUUCACAGAAUAUUGAACCCAUACUGUCCAUUUCUCCAAUCACCCGACUUUGACAAUAACAACGACCACAAUGAUUUGUGUGCAUCUACUACUCCUACAGAUGCUGUAGCAUCUAAUCAUGUUGGCACAUUAAUUAGUCAGCAUCCAAAUAAGAAUGCUCCACAGCCACAGGAAACCACCCAGAGAGAGGAAUUAAGUGACAAUAAUCAUGAAAUUCCUCCUAGAAAUGUCACUCGUGAAAUUAGCUCAUCACAAUCACAACAACAGUCAAGAAAUAAUAUUCAAAGAAAUUUAUUCCUAAAUAUUGGAACAGCAUGUAACCAGUUAAAUGAAAACAGUGAAACAACGGUUCCUAAUUCCACCAAUAAGACAAAAAUGAACACCAAUACCAGUACUUUAAAUAAUGAUAAUAUAAGAUCGAGAUCAAGUUAUUUUGACCAUGUUGAAGAAUAUACAGGCAAAAUCAUAUAUCCUAAAAUUGGCCAUACAAUUUUUGAUCUUUAUGAAUCUUUUCGCGUCCUUACAUUUCCCACUCCACAAAAUGAAAAGGCUAGAGAAUGGGCCGAAGAUGGAUUCAUUUAUGUUGACAACGACAUAGUUCAGUGUGUCUAUUGUGUAGGUUGUGCAUCAUUUUAUGAAGUAAAUGUUAGAGAUACCCAUAAAAGACUCUUUCCAGAAGGUCGACAUCUUUGUCCGAUGGUCAGCAAAAUCGAUGUGGGAAAUGUGUCCAUAGGAUUAGAAGCACUGGUAAGAAGAAAGCUGUUGAACAAAAGUAACCAACCAAGUGCGGGGUGUGUUACUACUUAUCCUGUUCUACACCCACAGUUCAUGUCAACAGAAGAAAGAAUAUCAUCUUUUAAAUAUUGGCCCAAACAGUACAAACUAACCAAAUGUCAACUAGCAGAGGCUGGUUUCUUUCAUACAGGUGUAGCUACUAAAGUUGUGUGUUUUUGUUGUGGUAUAGCUGUUAUAGACUGGGAACCAGUAGCAGAACCAUGGCAGCAACAUGCUUUAAUAUCCCCUACAUGUUGUUUUAUAAAACAUGCUAAAGGUCCUGAAUUUAUUCAAGAAAUGGCAGCUAUUGAGAAUCUUGUUGAAGUCGCUCCAGCAGUAAAAGGUGGAAGAUAUCCAGGUGUCGACAUGUUAAAAGCUGCUGUAUUGGCUGAUGGUGAAUUAAAGAAACAUAUUGACAUCAUAGGUCUACAGGAUGAAAACAUACAGACUAAGGACAGACGAGAGAACAAUAUACAAUGUGUGAUGAUUAAUAAAGACCAGCACUUCAAGACUACAGUAGCUUCUCUUAACCAGGAAUGUGAUCUGAUGGUGGAUGGUAAAAAUGAGGAACUGGUUGAAGAACUAGAGGAUCAAAGGCUACUUUAUGAUCAACAUAUUCAACAACUAAAUCGAAAAGAUCAACUACUACACCUUAAUUAUAUUCAACAACUUCAUUGUACCAGACUUCAAUUGAGACAAGAACUCAGAGAAAAGGAUGACUUGUCUCAUCAACUACAGACUACUGUAGAUAACUUACAACACCAACUACAGACAGCUGAAGACAGACAUACAUCCAGGCAAUUAAAUUUGCAACAACAACUACAGACAGCUGAAGGCAGACAACUAAAUUUACAACAACAACUACAGAUACAACAAACAGAACACACAGAACUACAAACACAGACAGCCCAAUUAGAGGCAGAAUUACGAAAAUAUGAAAUAGAGUUGUCUACCCAAGCUACUGAACUAUCCAGAUUAAAAUCUAACGUGAGACAAAAUCCUGACCAAGAAAAUGUGACAUGUUUAUUUUGUUUGUCUAAUGAAAGAAAUGUUUUAUUACGACCAUGUAAACAUGUUUGUUGUUGUGUAGCUUGUGCUCCACAUUUUAAUAAUUCUACAUGUCCUACUUGUCGUACACCAGUACAAGAUUGGGAAGUUGUGUUCCUUCCAUAAUAUAUAUCAACUUGUUAUUUAUUGAAUAUUGUGAAAAAAAUUGACAAUAAAAUAUCUUCAUGAUAAUUUGAAUAUUGUAAAACUUGUAAAACAGUACUUAUUUGAAAAUAUUGUAAAAUCGAAAGGCAUAAAGAAUAGGAUGUUGGUCAGCAUGGGAAACAUAGUGAUCCACAUGGAAACAAAUUGGCUAAAAACGGGUCAUCACAAAUCCUUUAGUGUUGGAACUAAUCAUUUCAUUAGCUUGAAAACGUUGAGAGAAUACUCUUCGAAACGUCACCUAAAUAAAUCAGUAGCUGUUUUCCAUACGUAUGUUUAUCGUUUAAUAAUCAUAUCUGAAUGUGUCACAUUGAGCUGCUGCCAUUUUAUGUUUGAUGUAGUAUUAUUGAAAUAAAUAAUUAAUGUAGUAA